UCCAGUCCAAAAUGGAUGACUGACACUUCCCACUUAUGAAAAUAAACUAAAUUAUCGGGUUUUCUUGGCUUGUUCCUGUGAUAUUCAUCAUCUCAAAAUAUGUUCUAGUGGAAUAAAACUCGAAUUAUGUCUAGAACAAGAGAAAAUCCAGAGAAACUUUUUGAAGUAUUUCUUGAGGUGGGCAAGCCAACUGAAGAAAAUGAUGAACCAUUCAUUUUACAAAAAUAUCCGGAUUACUAUGAUGAAGAGGCUGUUCUUAAGUCAGUUCCUAAGUUUGCAUUUCCUUGCGACACAGAAAGGUAUACGACGACGGUGGACCAUUUUACAUUCACCCUGACAGAUCUGGAAGGUAAAUUCAAGUUUGGCUUCUGCCGCCACGCCACCGGAGCUCAAACCUGCUUCUGUAUUGUAAGUUUCCUGCCAUGGUUUGAAGUAUUCUAUAAUUUCUUAAACAUUCUUGCCGAGAUAACCAACAGAACGGAGGACAACGAUGUCACAAAUAUGCUGCGGGCAGCAUAUUCUCAUGAAGUCCCGAGUCCUGGUGUACCAGUCACUGUCGUUGCUGGCCAAGAGAUGUUCAGUUUCAAAGCUCCAGAAGCCAACAAGUUGCCAUCCAUUCCACUUAGUAGAAAUUUAACAGAGUAUUAUAAUGCCGUAGACAUAGAAAAUAUGAUGAUAGUUUUUGCAAGCAUGUUACAUGAAAGACGUAUAGUAGUCACAUCGAAGAAGUUGAGUCGACUAACUGCCGUCGUCCAUGCAGCUGCUAGCCUACUAUAUCCUAUGUACUGGCAACAUUUAUUCAUUCCAGUUUUGCCCUCAUUCCUCAUAGACUAUCUCACUGCCCCUAUGCCAUUUGUGAUUGGUGUCCAUACAACCUUAAUGGAGAAAGUUCAAACUGCAGAACUAGGAGAUGCUGUGAUAAUUGAUGCAGAUAAAAACACUGUCAGUACAGAGUAUGAUGAUGUACAUAAUCUGCCCGAUGAAAUGAAAUCCUACCUCAAACGUCAUUUGAAGGGUGAUAAAGUGAAAAAUUCCAUGCAAGGGUCAGGUGAUAUCAUCUCUAAAACUUUCAUGAUGUCUCUAGUCAAACUUAUAGGUGGUUACAGAGAUGCCCUUAUGUUUCAUGAAGGGGAGGAAAUCACAUUCAAUCCGCAAGCAUUUGUGCAGUCUCGGCCAGUCUCUAUGCAGCCAUUCCUGGAGAACAUGCUUCACCUGCAAAUCUUCCAACAGUUUAUAAAUGAUAGACUGGAGAUGUUGAAUUGUGGGCGUGGUUUUGCAGAUAUAUUUGAACAAGAGUGCUUGAUACAUGCUGACAAGUUAAACGCUCAGACUAGAUAUAAUGAAUGGCUCGGUAAAAUGAAGAAACAAGGUAAAAAAUUACAAAGAGGUGGUAAAGAUGUCUGGUCAGACUUUAAAGUUAAGGCGGGGCCAGUUAUGAAGGAAGCCAAAGGCAUGAUGGAUAUCAUGACUCAUAGGGCGGGCCCAGCUGUGACGAAUGCCGUGGAGUCAAUGAAGACUCAAGGAAAAAAAGCUUAUUCCAAGGCACGAACCAAGAUCAAUGACUUGAAAAAGGAUCAAGAAAAAACCGACGACGCUUCACCGAAACCACCAAAGUCGGUUCGUGCAGGAGUUAAAACAAAAUCUUUUUCUAAAGAAAAACCGGCCAUCAUUUUAAGGGAUCGCCCAUCUACUAUUGUGGGCACCCCAUUAAAGGCACUGAGACCCCCUCGACCAGGUAUGAGUCCCAUCACUGACACACCAGACAGCAGAGUGAAACCUCAGUUUGUUAUCCGACAACCGUCAACAGAUAGGGCACAUCGGCAUAUGACACAUAUUGACGACAAGCGUGUAAGUUCCGACGAUAGUGACCUAAUUUACACGCGCAUGAGUAUGAACCUGAUGGGCGACCCAGAUAUUCAAAAUGCAAUGUUUAAAUCGGCCAGUGCAGAAAAUCUGCCAAAAACGAACCCAAAAUUACAGGAUAUGGUUUGUAUUUUCUAUCAAGUUCUAUUUUAUAUUUUACAGUUUUAAAUAAUUAAGUCCAGUGACAGCAGUGGAACUAUUACGUCAACAUCAUCGUUUGAGAAUGAACCUGAUCGUGGAAGUUUUUCAUAUAUGGACGAUGGCGGGGAUGGAUCAAGGCACAAGGGGGACAACUCAGCCAUUUCCUACACUA